AUGGAGGUUCCCUCGUCAAGUGACGCGGGAAGCACGCGAGCCCGCAAGCUGCGAAAGGGCACAUUCAGCUGCCUCGAAUGCAAGCGCCGCAAGCGACGGUGCGAAUUCCAGCCCCUGUCGGCCGAAUGCAACUCGUGCCAGCGUCGCGGCCUGCCGUGUCUAAGCCAAGGGCGCGAGCCAGAGAUGGGACAGCAGAAAGUCACGGAGCGCGUGAAUCACAUCGAGGACCUCGUCACCUUGCUGCUCCAGAAAAGGCGCCUUCGGGGAGGACGCUCGACAGACACAGCAACAGCUGCUGAGCUCGGCUCUGCGGUGGCAUGUCCUCGGUCUCCCCGGGGCACCUCGAUCAGUAUCACCACUUACCUGCGCUCUGUCUUGCCGCCGCCUUCGGAAUCUGCGCUGAUUCUCUCCCACACCAAGUCCUCGCACAUGCCUUACAAGAUCCUCUGGCCCGACUCCUCCUCAUCGCCGCGCGACGAGGGUUUGCCGCCUGACGCAGCCCGCCCGGUCUGGUAUGGCCGGAAAUUCAUGGAGCUGGCGCUCUGCUUACAGGAUGCCCAGGAUCCAAGCGGCAGUGCAGCGCGAUAUGUCGAGAUCGUCUCACGUCACAUCUCAUCCUUGGAUGUCCAUAUGCAGUCGGCAGAAGGAAUCGAGACCUUGAUGCUGGAAGCCAUCUACUACGUCAACGAUAAUAAGCCGAAAGCUGCCUGGCUCAAGUGCCGCCGAGCGUUAUCAAUAGCCCAGCUCAUGGUGCUAGAGCACCCGGGAGGUGAGAUAAACCAGAUCUUAGCCCGGCUGGUCUAUGGUGACCGUAUCAUGUCUCUUGAACUCGGGCUGCCGUAUUUUGGUGUGUCGGGAUCCAUUUCGAUGGCUUCUGACGAGAAUCCUAGUUCAAGGCUGGAGUAUGCUCAUUCGGUGCUUGGGUGCCGGCUAAUUGAACGGAACAUGCGUUUCGAGCAAGGCAAUGCCUUGCCAGUGUACGACCAAGAGGCGCGCGAAAUGGACAACACCAUGAGAGCUGAAAUAAACUACUUGCCGGCGGGUUGGUGGUCUAUCAAGAGCUCUCUGCGGGACCUGGCGGACGAAAACAUGGUGUACGAGACCGCAAGAAUAUCGACUCAACUCAAUCAUUAUUGGUUUCUCAUGCAAAUACACAUGCCUUUCAUCAUCACACAGUUACGCUCCGCCGAGCCCUCGGAGAAGAACCCAUAUAGCGGGGCCGUUAUUGCUACCGCUUGUCGGCAAGUGCUGUCGCGAUUUGUCGUGAUGCGGAACUACCAUGACGGCGACGUGUAUCGCGGUACAGAUUCCAAAGCAAUCUCGGCUGCCAUCAUGCUUCUCUUGACUCACAUCCAGGCACACCGUUAUAGCUGUGGCAACGACAUACAGCAUUUGCGCCCUCAAGAUAUCGAUCUAGUCACUGAGAUGCAAAAGCUGGUCGAUUCGCUAUACAGGUCAGAAGCUAGGGGGCUCAAAAUCAAGAAAUUACUAGAGAUAGAAGCGGAUGCCGCCGUCGGAGGUCAUUAUAUGUUGGUGGAAGGAAGCGAUGAAGGCCUACCUUUCUUAAUACCUUAUAUCGGACAUCUGAGCCUUGUGAAGGUUCCGUCACCUCAUCAAGGAUCGCAAUUUCCUUGGAUGGAGGAUAUGAUACCCUUUGAGCCUAACGCCUUGUACACCCAACUUGAAGGGGACCUCCUGCUAGAAGAGGUAGAUUCGUUGUUGGAGGGGCAAGGGGCCAUUUUGUAA